AUGUUUUCACUUUCUAUUCCACUCUUUCUUUAUCUGUUUAUCUAUCUAUCUAUCUAUCUAUCUAUCUCUCUAUCUAUCUAUCUAUCUAUGACGCUGUGUAUAAACAACGAUUUCACUUUCUCUCUCUCUCUCUCUCUCUCUCUCUCUCUAUCUAUCUACCUCUCUCUCUCUAAUAUAUGCGUGUAUGUGUGCACGUUUCCUUUCUCUUUUUAUCUAAGUUUUCUUCCCCAUCAAUCGCUAGAAGGUCACCUUUCAAAAACAGAAGUCCAUAAUGAAAAUUACGAUGCCAGACGCUUCUUUUUUCUUCGAUCGCAUUAUCUAUCUAUCUAUCUAUCUAUCUAUCUAUCUAUCUAUCUAUCUAUCUAUCUAUCUAUUUCAGUUUCUAUCCCCCUCCCUCUCUAUCUAUUUCAGUUUCUAUCUAUCUAUCUAUCUAUCUAUCUAUCUAUCUAUUUCAGUUUCUAUCCCCCUCCCUCUCUAUCUAUUUCAGUUUCUAUCUAUCUAUCUAUCUAUCUAUCUAUCUAUCUAUCUAUCUAUCUAUCUAUCUAUCUAUCUAUCUAUUUCAGUUUCUAUCCCCCUCCCUCUCUAUCUGUUUCAGUUUCUAUCUAUCUAUCUAUCUAUCUAUCUAUCUAUCUAUCUAUCUAUCUAUCUAUCUAUCUAUGUAUUUCAUUUUCUAUCCUCCACCCUCUCGAUCUAUUUCAGUUUCUAUCUAUCUAUCUAUCCUACCUAUUUCAGAUUUUUUCUUAG